UCUUUUAUAGUGCAAAUGCUGCUGCUGCUAGAAUAGAGGGAGGAGUGCCGACGAGGAGUUUGACGCCGCCGCAGCAGCAGCUCAGGGCGAGUGUGGGGGGAAAAAUGGCUUCUUUGGAGGACACGAGCAAGAGCUUCAGGUUAGAGCGGCAUGGAAGCUACCUUCUCCGCCGGAUCAACAGCGCCAAGGUCGUCGCUGCCUCCUCUCACCUCCUCUUCCGCGCUACCAUCCUCGCCACCGUCGUCCUUAUCUUGCUCUUUACGCUCCAUUACCCGCCGCUUCUGCUCUCGGGGUCUUCGGCCGUGUCGUCGGCCGGGGGCGCCGGCGGGCACUCCAACCACCGGAGUCUCAUGGCGUCGUCUUCAGCGUCGGCGGCCUCCGCGAUUAAUUAUGGGGGAGCUGCGUGGGAGCGGGAGGUUCGGAGGUCGGCGACCCCGCGCCGACAGGAUGGGCUCACCGUGCUCGUCACUGGUGCGGCGGGGUUCGUCGGCACGCACUGCUCGCUUGCGAUGAAGAAGCGCGGGGACGGCGUCGUCGGCAUCGACAACUUUAAUUCCUACUACGACCCUUCGCUGAAGCGCGCGCGGCAGGGGCUCCUCGGCCGCCACGGCGUCCUCGUCCUCGAGGCCGACAUCAACGACGCCGCGCUUCUCACCAAGCUCUUCGACGUCGUGCCCUUCUCCCACGUCCUCCACCUGGCGGCGCAGGCCGGCGUCCGCUACGCCAUGCGCAACCCGCAGUCGUACGUGGCUUCCAACGUCGCCGGCCUCGUGGCCCUGUUCGAGGUAGCGGCCAAACACGCCGACCCGCAGCCGGCCAUCGUGUGGGCUUCCUCCUCCUCUGUCUACGGCCUCAACACCGCCACCCCCUUCUCCGAGAGCCACCGCACCGACCGCCCGGCGUCCCUCUACGCCGCCACCAAGAAGGCCGGCGAGGCCAUCGCCCACACCUACAACCACAUCUACGGCCUCUCCAUCACCGGCCUCCGCUUCUUCACAGUGUACGGUCCGUGGGGCCGCCCCGACAUGGCCUACUUCUCCUUCACCCAGCGGAUCCUCGCCGGGAAACCCAUCAAUCUUUUCCGCCGCCACGACGGCGCCGCCGUGCAGCGCGACUUCACCUACAUCGACGACGUCGUCCGGGGAUGCCUCGGCGCGCUCGACACCGCUUCUCCCAGCACUGGCGGCGGCGGAAAGAAGCGGGGCCCGGCGCAGCUCAGGGUGUACAAUCUCGGCAACACCGCGCCGGUGCCAGUGUCGAAGAUGGUGGGCAUAUUGGAGGAUCUGCUGGGGAAGAAAGCGAAGAAGAACGUGGUGACGCUGCCGCAGAACGGCGACGUCCCCUACACCCACGCCAACGUCAGCUUGGCGGAGCAGGAUUUUGGCUACCACCCGACCACCGACCUCGCCACCGGCCUCAAGCAGUUCGUCAAGUGGUACGUAGAAUACUACAAAGUUCAGACCGGUAAGCAUACUGACUCCAAAAAGAGGGCGGAGGAGGAAGGCGAAGAAACUCCGGCGACGGCGACGGCGUAGUUAAUAAUGGCCGAUUAAUUACUUCAAUUUAAGUGUAUCUACCGUCUUCAAUCAUACAUUACGGUAAUUAAGAUGAUCAAUUAGCCCUGGUCAAUAAAGAGCGAGGAGAAAAGGAAUUGGAAUAAAGAGACAAGAGAGAAAAUAACCACGACGGAGGAAGAAGAAGGAUGAUGUCAUGGUUCCUCUGUUUCUCCCUUCUCCAAUUUCUCUUCCCCUCAAUAACUUCUCUUAUUAUUGUUGUAAUUGUGAAUUAAGGUUGCAAUUGCAUGAAAAUGUAAAAAAAACCACUCACGGUUCUAUAUAUUUUGAUUGUGAUCGAUAUCUUCUUCUCUUUCA